UUAGCUCUGUCUGCCGUGCGGUGUCAUUCUCUUCUCCAGUUACGGUCGUACCUUAAUCUCCAGGUGUUUCUCUGCCUUACUUAUAUCUAUCUGCGUUCGCUCUUUACUUUGGUCGAUAGCCACGUUUGGCCUCAGAAUCUAGCCGACGACAUACCAACCUUCCAUCUGCGCCAAUAUGUCGGGCAUGAACGCAACAGCGGCAUAUGACUUCAAGCAGCAACUGACAGAGGGCUGUCACGCUAAGAUCGAAGGCUAUGGCACGUCGUACGGCUACGUGCCCUCGCUGGCCGCAGGCAUCGUAUUCUGCACCCUCUUCGGAUUGUCAAUGAUCCUCCACAUGGUGCAGCUCGUGUGGAAACGGACCUGGUGGUGCGCCGUAUUCGUCCUUGGCUGUAUGGUCGAAGUCCUGGGCUGGGCCGGACGUACCUGGUCUGCUGAAUGCCCCUACAACGGGACGGCCUUCCUCAUGCAAAUUUCCACCCUGAUCAUCGCGCCCACUUUCUUCACUGCAGGCAUCUACAUACUCCUGGGCCGUUUCAUCCACCUUUUGGGUCCCGAGACCUCAAUUUUGAGUCCGAAACUCUAUCUCUGGAUCUUCGUCACUUGUGACGUCGUUUCAUUGGUCGUCCAAGCCGUCGGCGGUGGCAUGGCCUCGAUAGAAGUAAACAAGGUCAACGGCAAUACUGCCCCAGGCACACACACCAUGGUCGCCGGUAUCGUCUUCCAGCUGGCAUCCAUCACCGUCUUUGUCUUCCUCGCCGCCGAUUUCAUUCGUCGCACUCUCCGCCAGCAGCUGCUACAAACCAUGACCGGUACGAUCGUUCCCCUUCUCGGCGCCAUGAUCUUCUCUGUCGUCUGCAUAUACAUCCGGAGUAUCUAUCGAACCAUUGAGCUGUCGCAAGGUUGGACGGGAUUCCUGAUUACUCACGAGCGGUACUUCAUUGUCUUGGACGGCGUCAUGAUGGUCCUGGCCGUGGGCAUAUUCAACAUCUUCCAUCCGGGCUGGUUGUUACCCAAGCACGGGCCCAAGGCCUUCCACCGCGAGAUCUACUCUCCAGACGGACUGGCCAGUGGGAUGGAGAUGCGGUGAUCGUUUCCUUCAUCGCCUUCCUCCAUCAUAUCACCCCUUACUUUCCCAGUCAUAUAGUUUCUUUCCCCCCUAUUCUCCUAUCUAUUUCUCAUUCUCAACCUUAUUCCCCAAAAACCAGCCGACAUCAACGCAGCGCUUCAAUUAGAGUGAUAUAUCCGAUUACACACAGACAUGACAUCAUGUAAUUAAUUCCUCAUGAACUCACGCAAUAAAUACCAUGUAGUUGACGAUCGACCCGACGAAUACCCCAACCCCCCGCAUCAAUCAAUCAAUCCGAAACAUCAACAAAAAAAUAAGAAAGUCAAGCCAAGAUAAUCAACGUAAGAGGUAUACAGCGACUCGACAGAACUAACAUGCAUAUGCGACAAGCUCAAAAAUAAGACCUUCAACAUCAA